AUGUUCGAAAUUCCAAGAUCAAGACUCGUUUACUUGGGGGCGGUGUUCUUGUUCGAUUUUGGGGGUAACGUAUUUGGGUUUCAGAAUUUAAGGACGAUGACUAGGAAAUCCUCUACUUGCGCUUUCUGCGAGAACUCGAAUCUUGCUUCUAUUUGUACGGUUUGUGUCAAUUACAGGUUGAAUUCAUAUGGCACAAAUUUGACAUCAUUAAAGAGUCGUCGAGAUUCUUUAUACUCAAAACUGAGUGAAGUUCUUGUUGCAAAGAGUAAGGCAGAUGAUCAAAUCAGCUGGAGAAUCCUUCAACAUGAGAAACUCGCCACAUUGAGAGAGAAGCUCCAUUUUCGAAAAGAACAGCUUUCAAAAGAUAAAGCCAAAGUUGAAAAAACGACUUCUGACUUAAAAGUCAGAUAUGAAUUGCUUGAAUCAGCCAUGGAUGUGUUGGAAAAGAACAGAAAAGAACAACUGGAAAAAUAUUAUCCUAAUCUUAUAUGCACUCAAAGCCUUGGUCAUAUGGCAAUUACAUCAGAACGCCUCCACAAACAAUCUGUUGUUAUCAAACAAAUAUGCAAAUUGUUUCCACAACGCAAGGUGAAUAUAGAUGGAGAGAGAAAAGAUGGAUUGAGUGGACAAUAUGAUCAAAUUUGCAAUGCAAAAUUACCAAGGGGACUUGAUCCACAUUCUGUUCCUUCAGAUGAGCUUGCUGCUUCUUUAGGAUAUAUGGUGCAGCUUCUUAAUCUGAUUGUUCACAAUGUUGGUGCUCCUGCACUUCAUAACUCAGGUUUUGCGGGUUCAUGCUCCCGUAUAUGGCAACGUGAUUCUUAUUGGGAUGCACGCCCUUCCUCUAGAAGCAACGAGUACCCACUUUUCAUACCCAGACAAAACUUUUGCACAACGGGUGUAGAAACAUCAUGGUCAGACAAAAGCUCAAGUAAUUUUGGAGUUGCUUCAAUGGAAUCAGAAAAGAAGGCUCGUUUGGAAUCUUCUAGUAGCUUCAGUUACACCUCAGCAUCCCCUCAUUCCCUUGAAACACACAUGGAUUUACAAAAAGGAAUUUCACUUUUGAAAAAAAGCGUCGCAUGUGUAACUGCUUAUUGCUACAACUCAUUGUGCCUUGAAGUUCCUCCUGAUGCUUCUACUUUUGAAGCCUUUGCUAAAUUGUUAGCCAUGCUUUCUUCCUCUAAAGAAGUUAGAACUGCUGUCUCCUUGAAAAUGGCUUGUUCAAGAUCAUCGAAACAAGUUCAGCAGUUAAACUAUUCAGUAUGGAAUGUGAAUUCAGCUAUCUCUUCAAGUACUUUACUUGAAAGCACACAUACUUCAUCUUCCAUGAGAAGUACACAUGAUAAAAGUCUUUAUGCUAAUGAAACUGGGGCCCACAACCACAAUGGAGGGAAAAAAGAAACACUUACGGAAGGGUGGGAUCUGGUGGAGCAUCCUACUUUGCCUCCUCCUCCAUCCCACACUGAAGAUGUGGAACAUUGGACUCGAGCCAUGUUUAUUGAUGCAACCAAGAAGUAAGAAAAGGGUAUAAUGGUCAUUUACUCAUCGGGGAAAGUAGCUGUUGGAAUGAUUGGGGGAAAGUUAUAUUAUAAAAAGAAAUAUGUAAAUAGGAAAUGAUUCCAAGUUUGUACAUAUGGAGGCUUUUAGUCUGAUUUAUCAACAAUCUUAUCAUAUUAUUAUAAUGAGUAGAUUACACGAAUGGUUCCUAUGGUUUUGGGUAAGGUGAUAGGGUGGGGUUAAAGAUGUGUUUAUUUAAAUAAAUUAAAAAAUAAAAG